AUGAAUGAUGAUUUAUUAAUAACUACAAUAAAUGAUUUACCUUAUUAUCAAUUCGACAUUAAUAAUCAAUUAGAAUUUAAGCAAAUUUCACAAUUAAUUUCAAUUCAUUUAUCUGAACCUUAUUCAAUUUAUGUAUAUUGGUAUUUUUUAAAUAAUUGGCCAAAUUAUUGUUUUAUAGUAAAAGAUCCAAAAAAUUACUCCAUUAUUGGAGUUAUUAUUUCCAAAAUUGAAUUACAUCGAAAUGUACGAUACAGAGGUUAUAUAGGUAUGUUGGUAAUUGAUCCAACUUAUAGGAAACAAGGUAUUGCCAAAAAUUUAGUAAAAUUAACUAUUGAAAAAAUGGAAAAGGAUGAUUUGGUUGAUGAAAUAAUGUUGGAAACUGAAGUUUCAAAUAUUGGUGCUUUAAAAUUGUAUGAAAGUUUUGGUUUCUUAAGAACUAAACGAUUGUUUAGAUAUUAUUUGAAUACUCAUGAUGCUUUUAGAUUAAUACUACCUUUAAGUAAUAAAGCUCAUAGUCGAUAUGCAUUUUUACCAUUACAUCCAAAAGAAUUGGAAAGACAAAAAUUGGAGUUGAAUCAAAAUUGA